CCCCUUCCUUCUGUGUCUGUCUAUAGAAUCAAUGUAAGCGGAUUUCGCUUUCUUUCGAUUUUUCUCUUCCUCUUUCUUUCGAUUAUUCUUUCUGUAAAUUCUAUUCUCAUCUUACCGGAUUUCGAUUUGAAAUCUUAUUUUUCAAGGAGCAGAUUUCGAUUUAGAUCGAAGGUGUUGUCUCCAACAACGUGCAAAUGAUUGGAGAACAAGUUAGAGACCAAGGAUUGCCACCAAUUUAACAAUGCAGAAGAACCAGGAGGCAUCCAUAAGAUGCCUGCAGCCUGAGGCAUUCCCUUUCCAUUUGCAAAAUGAUGGAAUAUCCAUGGAAGGGUUUGUAGAGUACAAGGAUGAAAACAAUGCUCAUCCAGGAGGUGGUGGCAUUGUAGAACCUGAAAGUUCAUCAAGCAAUGAAUCUUUUGCACCUCCAGGUGAAGGUGGUUAUCCUAGACCCAUGUACCAACAAGAUUUUUGCAUGUGGUCUUCAACCUUUAAUCAUCCCGACUAUCAGAAGCCACAACAGAACUGGAAUGCCUUCGAGAGCUUACAUUACAUGAAUAGGGAGCAUCAUUUUCCCUUAGAAAACAGAAUCCAGUAUAUACCCUUCAGGAUGCUUGCUUCUCAAGGUGGCUAUCCACACGAGUUUCAGUUUCAAGAGUUUCAAUAUUUUGUGGUUAUAGACUUCGAAGCAACCUGUGACAAGGAAAGGAAUCCCCACCCACAAGAAAUUAUCGAGUUUCCGUCUGUUUUGGUGAACAGUGUGACUGGGCAAUUGGAAGCUUCUUUUCAGACAUAUGUGCGACCUGCUUAUCAUCAAAAUCUCACUGAUUUCUGCAAGGACUUGACAGGCAUACAGCAAAUUCAGGUGGACAGAGGUGUCCCUUUAGGCGAAGCGUUACUCAUGCAUGAUAAGUGGCUUGAAGAUAAGGGGAUCAAGCACACUAAUUUUGCCGUGGUAACUUGGUCGAACUGGGAUUGUAGGGUCAUGCUGGAAUCUGAGUGUCGCUUUAAGAGGAUUCGCAAACCUCCUUACUUCAACAGGUGGAUCAACUUGAAGGUUCCAUUUUGUGAGGUUUUUGGUGGGGCACGCUGCAAUCUAAAAGACGCUGUUCAGAUGGCUGGUUUAGUAUGGGAAGGUCGUGCACAUUGUGGCCUGGAUGACGCCAGGAAUACUGCUCGGCUUCUUACCCACAUCAUGCACAGGGGCUUCAGGUUUUCCAUCACCAACUCGCUGGUAUGGCAAUCUGCAGAACGCCCAAUGGGAUGGCAGCAAUCUCCUGACCGACAACUAGCUCCUGCAACUCCCACCCAUUACCCCCAGAAGCCAAUAAGGCAGUCUUCUCCUGUGCCUCCUCUCAUCCAAUUGCACCACCAUCCUUCUCACAUUGACUCUGCUAGAGACUUGCGCACAUACUGUUUCUGUGGGGUUAAGAGCAGCAGAAGAAUGGUCCGCAAACCCGGUCCGAAGCAUGGAAGCUUCUUUUUUGGGUGUGGAAAUUGGACUGCUACCAGAGGUGCAGUUUGCCCAUUUUUCGAAUGGGCUUCUACUACUUGAUAUCCUCCGAGCCUUGAAGCUGGAUGUAAGCUCGUCUGUAUAAAAAGAAAAAAGAAAAAACUGAAAAAAAAAUGGUGGAAAAAAGAAAAAGAAGAAAGGGGUCGAGUAACCUUCUAAAGUACCCAAAAUGAGGACAUUGUGCCCACCUGCUUCUGAGGUGAGGUCAAUGUCCGGUAAGUAGUUUUCUGUAUUCUUUAUUCUACAUAUGAUUUCAUGUAGUGAACUUCUUAUAUUGACAGUAGAGAAAAGAGAACGAGAAAAAAAAUGAGGGAUGAAGAUGCCUACCACCUUAGAAGGAUCUACUUUGUUACUUUUUUCUUUCUUGUUCUUACAUGCUCAGACAUGUGCUUAAUUAUUUUAAAUAAUAUUGCGACAUCGUAGGAUCCGUUAUUCUCUUCAACAGUAUCCUUGUAUUUAUUGAGCAACACUGGCAUUGUCAUGGCUGCCUUGAUUAUGUUCCCCUU